ACUAACGUUAUUACAAAUGUGGACGAGGAUAAAAGCAAAAAAAAAUUUCUCAUGACUUCUACGAAAAGUACACACCCACUUUAUUUUCACGAAGUGUUCCGCGAAAUAAACGCAACUACGCUGCAAUGACGUGACUUCCUCCCGGAAGAACAACUCUCUCCAAGGGCAGUCAAGUGGACGGCGUUUCUUAUUUUUAUGACGGGACGUGACGUCGGGCCCCGCCUCUUCAAACCAUUGGCUACCACUGAGUCAGGUUACCGGCGAUUGAUAACAUGUUGGUUUAAUUGACGUACUGGGACUGCUGAGGGGAUCGUGGAUCUCGCUGUAUGUAAGCCAUGGAAGAAGCAAGCGUCUCUCCCCUGAAGCACUUUGUGCUAGCCAAGAAGGCCAUUACUUCUAUCUUUGACCAGUUGGUGGAAUAUGUCAGUGAAGGAGUAACCUUUGUAGAAGCAACAUUUCAGAAUCCAGAGCUAAACAAUGUAAGUACAGAGGAUGAUCUAAAGAAGAUUCAGGCAUCUAAGACCAAACUAGCUGGCAUUGGGGAGGUUCUCGCACGCAGGAAUAUGAAAGUGGCAUUUUUUGGCAGAACAAGUAGUGGCAAGAGCACAGUGAUAAAUUCUAUGCUGUGGGAUAAAGUGCUGCCUAGUGGCAUUGGACACACUACCAACUGCUUCCUUAGUGUUGAGGGCACAGAUGGGGACAAAGCAUACCUGAUGACCGAGAGUUCAGAGGAGAAGAAAAGUGUAAAGACUGUUAAUCAGCUUGCACAUGCACUGCAUAUGGACAAAGACUUGGGAGCUGGCUGUCUUGUUCAUGUGUUCUGGCCAAAAGCAAAAUGUGCUCUCCUUCGAGAUGACUUGGUCCUUGUAGACAGUCCAGGAACAGAUGUGACAACAGAGCUGGACAGCUGGAUUGAUAAAUUUUGCUUGGACGCAGAUGUCUUUGUUCUGGUGGCAAAUUCAGAAUCUACUCUCAUGAACACGGAGAAACAUUUUUUCCAUAAAGUCAACGAGAAACUUUCCAAGCCUAAUAUAUUCAUUCUUAACAAUCGCUGGGAUGCCUCUGCAUCUGAACCAGAGUAUAUGGAAGAUGUACGUAAACAACACACGGAACGUUGCCAGUCUUUUCUCGUGGAUGAACUGAAAGUGGUGGAUUCCUCAGAGGCACAGAAGCGCAUCUUUUUUGUUUCAGCCAGGGAAGUCCUGAAUGCCAGAAUGUACAAGGCACAAGGGAUGCCAGAGGCCGGUGCUGCGCUUGCUGAGGGAUUUCACACCAGAUUCUUGGAAUUUCAGAAAUUUGAAAAACUGUUUGAGGAAUGUAUCUCGCAGUCAGCAGUGAAAACAAAGUUUGAGCAGCACACUAUCACAGCUAAACAAAUUACUGACACCGUGAAAGCUAUUAUGGAUGCUAUAAACAUCAAGGCAGCAGACAAAAGGGUUCGCUGUAUGGUAGAAAGAGAGAAUCAGAAUGACAGGCUUGAGUAUGUGCAGACACAAUUGCUGAUCCUAACAGAAGAAAUUGAGAGAAGAAUUCUGCAUAUCACAAAGGAAGUCAAUGAACAGGUCUCCAAUGCCAUGACAGAUGAGAUACACCAUCUUUCUCUUCUGGUUGACAAGUUUGAUGGCGAGUUCCACCCAUCUUUAUCCGUUUUGAAGCUUUACAAGAAUGAACUGAAUACGCACAUAGAAAAUGGCAUGGGAAGAAAACUGGCCAAUCGCUGUUCUGAUGCAGUGAACUCAUCCAUCCAGAGAGCACAAGAAGACAUCAUAGAGAAGCUGCUGCCUUUGCUGCCGCCUUCUGUCCAAGAUCAGACCGUUGUGUCUCUCCCGUGUAAAACGUUCGACCUCAGCUACAACAUCAACUGUGAAAAUCUCUGCUGUGAUUUCCAAGAAGACAUUGAGUUUCGCUUUUCUUUUGGUUUAAUGGCACUUGCUAAUCGCUUCCUUGGCUGUAAAAACAGUCACCUUUUAAUGGGCUUUGCAAAACCAAUCUUUCAGAUUCCCCAGCCUGUAACUACCCCUUCAGCAACCGUGAACCCAGUUUUACCCCCUCAGCCUGCAACUCCAGAGGAACUCAUGCUUUCUGUCGUCUCAGGACUGGCAUCUCUAACAUCAAGGGGUUCAAUGGGUGUCCUCAUAGUUGGUGGAGUUGUCUGGAGGACUGUGGGGUGGAGGUUAAUCACUGGAAUGUUGUUGACCUAUGGCAGUUUAUACGUUUAUGAACGUCUGACAUGGACAACAAGAGCCAAAGAGAGAACGUUCAAAAGGCAGUUUGUGAAUUACGCGGCUCAGAAACUCAAGAUGAUCGUCAGCUUCACCAGUGCCAACUGCAGUCAGCAGGUUAAUAAGGAGCUGGACAACACUUUUAAACGAUUACAUCAACAAGUAGAAGUGACGGUGAGAGACCUAACAGAAUCAAUAGACAAACUGUCUGAAGAAAUCCAUCAGCUGGAGCAAAUUCAGAGUAACUCCAAAGUACUCAGAAACCGAGCAUCACGGAUUGAAGGGGAAUUGAGAAGUUUCUCUAAGAGCUUUCUACCUCACAAUAUUUAGUGCCGGCAGAUCCUUGUAGUGAAGAUGGAAACCACUGAACAUAACCUGCCUUCUGCAAGGAGUGGAUACUGUACAGACUUGCACACUCGGCUCUCAUUCAUGGAAAAGAGGAAUAUAUAUAUAUAUUUAUAUUUUGGCAAAUAAAAAAAUGUAUUUUUGUGUAUGGGCAACAGAGAAACCGUGCUGUUUAAGCAAAUAUGCCAUUUUAUAGGCAAAAGUGAAAUCUUUAUAAAAGUAAAGUAUUUGGAUUAUUAUUAUCUGUGCCACUGCCUGUGAAGCUGGCGUUCUCUUAUGAAUUGUGUGCCAUCUUCUGACAUUGCCAGGGGCUGCUAUUUUCUACAUGGACUCUGGUAACAUACGUUAUAAUGUUCAACUACAGAUCUCUUCCUUGUUGCCUGGUCUUUGAUUCUUGCACUUCUAGUUCGGCAAGAGACAGCUACAGGUUGGCCAUUAUUAUUAUUAUUAUUAUUAUAGGGGCCCCAACACUGCACUUGGUUUUGUAGCCAUUUGUGUAACAGGACUAAAGGUGGCCAUACACGGGCAGAUUAAAGCUGCUGAUAUUGGUCCUUUAGACAGAUUCGGCAGCUUAUUUGCCCAUGUGUGGAGGCUCCCGACGUGUCCUCUCGAUUGAUAUCAGGCCAAAAAAUUGGGCAGAUAUUGAUCGGUCCAGUUUUUUGUACAAUCCAGGACCACAUCGGCUAGUCGGUGAGGUCCUGUGACCCGUCGGAGCCCAUUCGUAGUCCUGCCCCAGGGCCGAACAUUUGGAUCCAUCCGAUAUCGCCCAGCUGUUAGUGGUCAUAUCAGGUUAAGAUCCGCUCGUUUGGCGACCUUGCCAAACGAGCGGAUCUUAUAGUGUAUGGUCACCUUAAAUUUUCAUUACACUACACUCAAAUGUGUACCAGAUAUCUAACAUUAACCCACCCCACUAGUAAGGAGAAUAGAUACCGUGUUUAAAUGGCUACUGUAUUCUAUUUAUCACUGAAUUGUUUGGCUUUCUUGCAGCUGAGAGCUUCUAGCGGAUAGUCCUGUCUAUAGAACAAGCUGCAGUCUUCUUGGCUCAUCAAUUAGUGGGAAAAUACAGUCCGGUCCAUUGGGCAUUCCUGAAGGUUGUGGGAGGUGUGGAGCAACUAUAGGGGGCCAGGCAAAGCCUUCAUCCACCUCCCCUUUCAGGAUGGAGUUGCAUUACAAUGACUAGGGCAGCCUGUGAGCCACAUUCAAAUGUAGAAAGAGUUGGGGAGCAGCUCAAGCAUGAAAAUGUUCCUAGGGGUGUGUCUAGGAACUAAGUUCUGUGAUUGGCUAUUAUGGUAGCUCAUAUGUGGACUGCAAGUCUAUAGGAGGAUCUAUUUGACAUUACACCGCUAGUUUGUGGCCACUGGAAGGAACAUGCUGCUCAUAAGCCAAUGGUUGGGGAUCACUAAUCUAAAGGGCGGGGAAAUGGCAAACAAACUGAUGGGCUUUUAUUGGCUUUUUUUCUGCCAUUGGCACACAUUAUAUCACCGAUACCUCACCAAGCAACCUCUCCUGUGGUACAAUGAAGGGCACAAAGAGCUGAAUCUGUCUGUUUAGCAAAAUAUAUGAUUCAGUAUUUAUUAGUGGCUGUCCAACAGGAAUGAAGGAUCGGUGGGGAAUAUAUAUAGUUCAGCAGGUUGCAGAGAAGUUAUGUGUGAUAUUAGUUGCAGUCAGUGUUUCUACAAAGUCCUCUUUCCUGGGCAACAGACUGCACAGAACCCAUUAUACUCUUAAAGCUUUCUGUAUGGUGAGGAGUUCUCUCCUGCAUAUUUAAUAAGCAGACUCUGCAUGGACACCUGAAUGAUGACUGGCAUGUAAGACUGAGCUUAUUAUUUAUAUGGCACUGACUUAUUCCAUCAGUUCUUACAUAAAUUGUUCCUAUUUGUAAUAAUGAAUUGAGCACGCUUGGAAAUGGUUAAUAAAGCUCAUUUUCUAUA